AAUAGUCACAUGACUGACACGGAAGUGCUGCUGGAGCGGUUCAAGUUCUGUGCUUUAGUGAUCGCAGGCUGCAUUAUUAUGUGCAUUAGAGGUUGCAAAUCUUAUCGAUCUGUGCAUUAGAGAUUGCAGUAAAAUUCUAUUUUUUCUUAGGAGAGGAUGUCUUCUGGUCACAUGAAGAUGACAGAGACUGUGAGUUUAUUUGGAGGUAGAGUCCCUGCUCAUGUGGAGCUGCUUUAUAAACACUUGAAGGAUCUAGACAGAAGUACUUUCCAACAAAUACUCGCAGCUGUGGUGAAUGCUGUUGAUGGUCAGGACUGCAGUGAGUCUAUGAGAGUGAUCGCAGAGAGCGGUUUCAUCUCAGAAGACAAAUUCAACCAUGUUGUGGCUGGAUUAUAUGCUGUUGUAAAAGAAGCUCAACGUUUGUCUUCAUUAAAACAAGAGGUUUUCAUUGAGGAUCUCCGAGCACUAAGAGUUUCUGAAGAAUUCAUUGCAGAUGUGUCCAGUUCUGUCUUUGCAAACGGGCAAACCUCAAUGAAAGUUAGGCCUACACUUCAAGGACCGAGUCUGCCAAAGAUGGAGGAGUUCAGAUGGAGAGUUGAUGUUGCCAUUUCAACAAGUUCGCUGUCCCGAGCUUUGCAGCCCUCCAUUCUCAUGCAGAUGAAACUGUCAGAUGGGUCUCUGCAUUGUUUUGAGGUUCCAGUUUCCAAGUUCCAGGAGCUCCGGUAUAACGUUUCCUUAAUUCUAAAGGAAAUGAAUGAUUUAGAGAAGAGAAGUAUUCUUAAAAUACAAGACUGAUAAAAGAUCCUCUCUUGCAUUUUUAACAUCUACAUGUUAAAUUCAGAUGUUUUUCUAAUAGUGUUAUUGUUAAAUACAGAAUCUGAUUUGGCAAAAUAUGUCUUGAAAUGUUAAAUAAUUGUAAGUUCUUAUUCAUCAGUAACGGUAGUGCUGCCCUACAUCUUUGAGUUCACAAACGUUCUGAAGUAGAAUGUUACAUUAAAUAGGUUUUCACAAUUUUCAUCGAUAUAUGUUUUAUUUUUGGCACAUUCACAUGUUGUACAUGUGUUGUGUUUGCCACCCUAUUUGUAAUGCAUUACGUUUACAAUAAAAGUGUUUGUGACACGUUUA